CUCGACCACCGAGGUGAUGAGGCUGUCCAUCCUGGCGGAGCUCCACGUGGAGAUGAACCCCGAAGGGAACCUGGAGCUGGUGUCCUCUUCCUGCAAACCCAGCGAGGAGGAGAUGCAGGGCACCGAGGAGAUGGAAAGCACGUCCUCUAGUCCGGACGUGGACAAGGAGGCUGCCAUCGCUAAGAUUUGCCUGGAAGUCUCCAAAUUUCUGUAUUUGCCAAAUGCACAACUGUCGUCUCUGACAGCUCCGCUCCCCGUCACGCCAAGCUCCCAGGUCCAGUACCUGCCCCUGGCUGCACCCAUGUUCUCCGAGCAGGGAGUCAUCAUAUCCUUGCAAACGACUUUCAAGGUGGCAGGGAUAGAAAUCCCCCUGCCAGUCAGCCCCGUGCCGUUCAGCGUGCCCGAGCCGGCGAGCUCCAGCCCUUACCACUUCACCCUGGCUUUCUCUGAGCACUUCUACACCAGCCUCUUCUUCGCCCUGGAAACGGCUGGAGCCUUCAACAUGACCAUCCUGAGCCCGCUGACCACCGCCACCAUGGCACAGAACAUUACUCAGAUGGGCUCCCUCUUCCAGGACGACCUACCGGUGACGCUGCAAGCCGUGUUCAGGAGCACGCCUCGCGUGGUGCUGGAGGAAGACAAGGCAGCCCUGAAGCUCUUCCUCACCGUCCACGUCGGGGCGGGCUCGCCGGCUUUCCAGAGCUUCCUGA